CGCGGGCAGGGGUCUGCUUGGGACACGGGUCCCCGCCCGGGGACUGGGGCAUCCCCGGCGCAGCCGAGAGCCGCAGAACCCUGGGGGCGCAGAUUGCACUGCAGCGCCCGGCCGCUGAACGGCGUGGGCAGGUGGGCGGUGGGGUUCCAGGGCGCCCGGAGGAUCGGGGACCCCGACUUAAGGGGAACCCCAACCCUGAAGGGCGUACAUAGCAAUCGCACCCCAGCCGCACCGGACCUUGCGCUCAUCCCUUGCGUCCCCCACUUCUGCACAAACUUUUCUGACGCCCUGGCUCGUGGGGGUCGCGGAAAGCGCUGGGGCUGCCCGGUGGGCUCCCACCCCGCCGGACCCUUGCCACGCUGACCUCCUGCCUCUCCUAACCUCAGUGGCGACCUCUCCAGGCCGGGCCGGGCUAGGCACUCGGAGCGAGUGCAGCAACCACUGUCGCUCUCCGAAGGCUCCCGCGCCCCCCCCGCCCCGGGGCAGCUGGGCGGGGUAAUGCCCUCGGUGAUGGAGAAGCCCAGCGCGGGCUCCGGGAUCCUGUCCCGCAGCCGGGCCAAGACGGUGCCCAACGGCGGACAGCCCCACUCGGAGGAUGACAGCAGCGAGGAGGAGCACUCGCACGACAGCAUGAUCCGCGUUGGAACCAAUUACCAGGCCGUAAUUCCGGAGUGCAAGCCUGAGAGCCCUGCACGCUACAGCAACAAGGAGCUGAAGGGGAUGCUGGUGUGGUCACCCAACCACUGUGUGUCAGAUGCCAAGCUUGACAAGUACAUUGCAAUGGCCAAGGAGAAGCAUGGCUACAACAUUGAGCAGGCGCUGGGCAUGCUCCUGUGGCAUAAGCACGAUGUAGAGAAGUCGCUGGCUGACCUGGCCAACUUCACCCCAUUCCCUGACGAGUGGACAGUAGAGGACAAGGUGCUGUUUGAACAGGCCUUUGGCUUCCACGGCAAGUGCUUCCAGCGUAUCCAGCAGAUGCUGCCCGACAAGUUGAUUCCCAGCCUGGUGAAAUAUUACUACUCUUGGAAGAAGACCCGCAGCCGAACUAGCGUGAUGGACAGACAGGCCCGGCGGCUGGGGGGCCGCAAGGACAAAGAAGACAGUGAUGAGCUCGAAGAGGGUCGAGGAGGCGUGAGUGAGGGAGAGCCCGAUCCUGGAGACCCUAAGAGAGAGGUACAGAGCAUGAAGCAGACAAACAGCAGCCUACGCCAAGCCCUGGAGGGCGGCAUUGAUCCACUCCGCCCCCCGGAGGCCAACACCAAGUUCAACUCCCGCUGGACCACAGAUGAGCAGCUUUUGGCUGUCCAAGCCAUCCGUAGGUAUGGCAAAGACUUUGGGGCUAUUGCAGAGGUGAUUGGGAACAAGACUCUGACCCAGGUGAAGACUUUCUUUGUGAGCUACCGGCGCCGCUUCAAUCUGGAGGAGGUGCUGCAGGAAUGGGAGGCUGAGCAGGAUGGGGCCCCUGGAGCCCCGGUCCCCAUGGAGGAGGCUAGGAGAGGGGCUCCAUUGCCAGCCCCAGCCCUAGAGGAAGAUGAUGAGGUCCAGAUUACAGCGGUCUCCACGUCUGUGCCCCGAUCAGUGCCCCCUGCACCACCACCCCCACCACCUCCCACCUCGCUGUCCCAGCCGCCCCCACUGCUGAGGCCACCUUUGCCCACGGCUCCCACUCUGCUCCGACAGCCACCCCCACUGCAGCAGGGCCGCUUCCUCCAGCCCCGGCUGGCCCCCAACCAGCCCCCACCACCUCUCAUCCGCCCCGCUCUGGCUGCCUCCCGCCACAGUGCCCGUCCUGGCCCUCAGCCCCCACCCACCCUGAUUGGAGCCCCUCUGGAGCCCCCAGCACCCUCACUCUGAGCCCUGUGGUCCUCCACCAACCACAGGCUCCAGGAUCCCUUUGCUGGCCAUCCCCAGGCAUCUCUGGUGUCACCGAGGACAGAAGGGACUAGGGAUCUGGCGGGGUCUUUGGAAGACCAGAGCUGCGCACAGCCCAGCCCCGCCCUGUGGGUUCUGCAUGUGUUCCUGGCAGCUGGGCCUGUCUCCUGUGGCCAUGGCCAGGCUCAGGGGCCUUUGAGCUGGCCUGAGGGCACUUUCGCUUCCUGGCUGGGACUGGAAUGGCUGCCUCCUAGUCUGCUGGGGCUUGGCCUCUGGGCUCUGCCCUUUGUGUGUCGGGGGUAGUGACCUUAGCAUGGGGUGGGGAGAGGGCAGUUGGGUGUGCUGGCUGUUCUCAUUCCUCUUUCCCUUAUUUUAGCAAUAAGUCUGGGGUGAGGUGGGGAGGGAGGCUGCAGAGGGGGAGGUGGGCAGAGGGGCCUUACAGCAGCAGAGGCUGGAAGAGCAGCUCUGUCUUCAGGGGCCAGCUGGGACAAUGCUGUGGAGCUGAGGGUGCCCACCAAACCCACCUUCCAGAAACUUGGAGAAAUGGGGGUUGGGAAUUUAUGCAGACAUGGAUUUAUUUUUCAACAUUUUUUAAAAAUUAAAAAAAAAUAAAACCUAA